AGACGUGGAAUGGUUCAGUUGAGAAGCGGCUGCGGAUCUCGUGUCUUGUUCAUGAAAGUGCCGGCUUGAUGCAGUCACGAGUUAUCUGAUAACGGUGACAAACGUGUUCAACAAUGUUCUGUGGAAAAGACUAAUCCUGGAUGAAAUUGGAUCAAUAAAAGUUUAGAAACAAUAACUUUAUUAUUGAUGUGGCAUUUCCACAUGUCAUAAGCCUAUUACUUGAUAAAUGUUUAUACAAUAACUAUUUGAAAUUUCAUUGUCAUUUCAAAAGUGACUGGAGAUGAGAAUGAUCAGUGUUUUUCUUAAUCUUGCUGUGAAUUGAGCCUUGAAGAUUAUGGAUAGACGACGAUUGGCACAUUUCAUCUGUUGGCAUGCUUUUUUGCUGAGUCUUGUGAAGCAGUCGUAUGCUAGUGGUAGCGGUGGCAUAGAGGAGGUUCGCGUGGCGGCGCGUGGGGAGGCGCGGCUAGAGUGCUCCGUGGCGGGGGUGGCGGGUCCAGGUGGCGUGACGUGGCGGCACAACGGCAAGAUGGCGGAGGCCGGCCUGUGGGACCCCGCCACUGGACGUCUGCUACUGUCGUCCGCCCGUGCCGCUCACGCAGGACUCUGGCAGUGCGAAGACCCGCCUUCCGGACUCCAGUCCGAGCCUAUACGGCUCGUCGUACUAGAAGCGCCAAGCGCCCUAUACCUGGUGGUGGAGGAGCGACGCCUGGACCCGGGCAACGAGUUCAUUCCGGUGAAGGAGAAGAUGCGACUGGUGGUGGAGUGCGUGGCCGAGGGGGGCACGCCACCUGAGGAGGCACGCCUGCUGUGGGAGCCAGCUGGAGGGGAACCGGUCACCAUGGCUGGCGGGGUUGCCAAGUCGCGCUACACCAUCGACAGCCUCCAGCGACACCACCACAACUCCACCCUGGUCUGCAUCCUCCACCACCCCGCCCUGCAGGCGCCCGCCAACGCUUCGCUCAGGCUAGACGUGCAAUAUGCACCAUCAUUUGAGAUAAGCAGACUUCCAGGCUUUGGAAUUCCGCUGGUUGAGAGUAUUUCAGUUUCACUGAAGUGUGAUGUUGAUGCGAAUCCUUCUGCUAAACCUGUCUGGCAAAAAGAUGAUGGUCCAGCACCGGUCACUCAGACAGAAGAUGGAUUUCUGAAUUUUACGGCCAUCAGACGCGAAGACAGCGGAUGGUACAAAUGCACAGCACGUCAUCCAUUAGGCGACUUCUCUUCCAUACGAUAUUUUCUCAAUGUCCAAGAGGAGGCGUCCGAGAUGGACAAGCAGGUGACGGAGCAGCAGGAGGCAGCGGUGGAGGUGGAGGUGGGAGGCAACGUGCAGCUGCAGUGCCCAGCGGGGGCAGCAGGCUGCUGGGGGCGACUGGGCAGCGGGGGCCGCAUGGAGCCCCUGGGGGCGGGGCCCACUCUCUCGCUGGACAGGGUGCUCUACCAAGAGGCCGGCCAGUACCGCUGCCUCGACAGUCGCGCCAAUUCACUCGACCAGUGGCGGACGCACACUGUUCAUGUCACUGUCAUAGGAGGACCACAGGUGUUUCCGUUGAACGGAACAGUGCAGACGGUGACGGGUCGGAAGGCGGUGUUGUCAGUGGAGUUCUGCGCCAAUCCACCGGUGACGCGCGCCCUCUGGCUCACGCAGUCACGUGUCAUCCGACCCGGGCAGGCACACGACCGGCUUUUCGCUCACAACUUAACGGAGGGUAGCUCUGAGUGGUGUCAUAAAGCCGGCCUAACAGUGAGUCCAGUGCACGCAUCGGACCAAGGCGAGUACAGCUUCCUGGUGCGGACGCCAAAAGGUCUGGCAGAGGCCACUCUAUUGCUCAACGUGUCUGACGAGGGUGGACUGCAGGCAUCUACUGGUUCUGCAUCAAAAAUACCCUCUCUUCUCCUAUUAACGGUCAUUUUCCUUCAAUUAAUUAAGAUCUCGUCUUGGCUCUGAUAAUUUAAAUAAAAUUCGUUGUUGAAGUGAAAAUCUCAGCAGAAUCCUGCGAAAAAUGUCACGCUGAAACCACAAUAAUUAUCAAUCUUAUUGAUGUCUGUUCUUUGAUUUGAAUUGAAUUGGAAUUCACUGAGGAACUAGGAGGAGCCUAUUUCUAAUCCAA